AUGAAUGAAGUGUUUGCGACGGCCCCGGUCCUGCUCGUGUUGAAGUCAGUGAGUCCUGAAGCCCUGCCCACUGAGAUGUCACAGCCUGAAGCCAGGCCCACUGAAACGCUGCAGCCUGAAGCCCCGCCCACUGAGAUACCACAGCCUGAAGCCCCGCCCACUGAGAUGCCACAACCCAAAGCACGGGUGGAGUACAGUUGCAGUCAGUGCGAGCGCUCAUACAGAAAGAAGCGUGACCUGGUCGCUCACAUGUCUCGUCACACAGGACAGAAACCGUUUAAAUGUGAAGAAUGUGGACUAACUUUCUGUCGCAAGGAGACCCUGAAGAAGCACCAGCCCAAGUGUGGAGGCUCUGGGGGCCUCUUCAACUGUGAGGUCUGUGGGCGGAGCUACACACACCGCGGUUACCUACUCAUGCACGUAAACUCGGCCCACUCAGAGCGGAGCCUCACGUGCGCAGUGUGCGCACGUACGUUUGUCCAGAACUCACAUCUGCUGAGCCACAAGUGCUUUGAUGUGAGGGAGGAGGGGCCUGAUGAGGUGGAGGGACCUGGGGGAGCAGAUGAGUUGGAACAGAAGGGGGAGGAGAUACAAAAAGAGGAGGAGUUCAAACAAAAGGAGGAGGAGUUGGUACAGAAGGAUGGAGGAAGUGAGAGGGUGGAGCCACCAGACGCACCGAAAACGAGUCAAAAGAAGAGCAAAGAUUCGGCUCACAUCUGCUCAGUCUGUGGAAAGCUUUUCUCCCAGGCUGCCUCUCUGUACCGCCACUCGCGUGUUCACACGGGGGAGCGGCCGCAUGCCUGCCCGCUGUGCGCUAAGACGUUCCCGUGGCCUGCCGACCUGAAGCGCCACCUACGGUACCACUCCAGCGAGCGCCCCUUUGUGUGCAAGUUGUGUGGGCGGGGCUUCAUCGCUAACGAGGCGCUCAUCUCGCACCAACGCUCGCACUCUGGCGCUAAACCGUUCACUUGCGCCGCAUGUGGGAAAGGCUUUACGCGGAGACACCAGUUGCGCGAGCACAGCCGCCUGCACACAGACAUGCGCCAACAUCGCUGUGAGGAGUGUGGCCACUUGUACCACAAGCAGGGGGCGCUGUUCAACCACUUGCGCAAGAUACAUGGCAUUAUACAGGACCAGAGCCCGGACCAGAGCUCGAACCAGAGCCCGGACCAGAGCCCGGACCAGAGCCCGGACCAGAGCCCGGACCAGAGCCCGGACCAGAGCCCGGACCAGAGCCCGGUCCAGAGCCCAGUCCCCAAACAGACCUGA